AUUGAACCAUAUCGUAUUGUGAUACACGGUGAAAUUGAUGGUUUUUCAAGAUUAGUUGUCUAUCUUCGUGCUUCCACAAAUAAUCGUGCAAGUACUGCACUGGCACUUUUUAGGGAGGCUAUCAGAUAUUACAAUGUUCCAUCAAGAGUACGAAGUGACAGGGGUUUGGAAAAUGUAGAGGUUGGAAGGUUUAUGAUACAAACGAGAGGAAUGAACAGGGGCAGUAUCAUAACUGGAAAUUCAGUACACAAUCAACGGAUUGAACGCUUAUGGAGAGAAGUUAACAGAGUCGUAGUGUCCAGAUUCUUGAAUGUAUUUUUAUUCUUGGAAAGCAGGGGGAUUUUCGACCCUAACAAUGAGACUCAUAUUUAUGCACUACACUUCGUAUUUCUUCCACUGAUAAAUGUAGCACUUAGUGAACUAUCACGAGAAUGGAAUGACCAUCCUGUCACAACAGAAUCAAACUACAGUCCCAGGCAGCUGUGGACACAAGGGAUGCUUCAGCUACGCAGCUCUCAGUUAUCUGCAGUCAGAGAUGUUAUUGAGGGUGAAAAUUUAAAUUUUGAGGAGUUCGGUAUUGAAGAGGAAGGUCCUGUACCCUCUAUAGAAGUAAGUGAGACAGUUUCUGUUCCUGAAUCACCCAUACAAUUGUCGAAUGCUGAAGUGCUAUUACUAAGACAGGAGGUUUCUGCAGUGCCUGUAGAUGAGCAUGGAAUAAUGUCUUAUUUGACAGCUUUGGGAGUACUCGGAAGAAUUGAACAUUUAUAG